CGACACUCUCACUUUUAAAUGGCACAGUUUAAUUGUAGUAGUUGCAGAGUUUUUGAGUUUUUCUUGGUGGGUUAUGCCUGUGGGAAGAGAUUUUAAUGACCCAUCUCCUAACUCGUUAAGACCUCCGAUUAAUUUUCACUGAGGCUGCUUUGUUGAAGAAUCUGGCUGAGACCUUUGAUUCAGAUUGAAGAAGAACAUGGUUCAGACAAUGGAAGCUAUCCAGGGUGGUAGAAGAUCCAUCAGAGUGGGAACCACAGGGACUAUCAGUGCCCUGAUGUCAAGGGAACUAGAAUCCUCUGAAUCGGCUACAACUAGAAAUACAUCUCCUACAGUUUCAGUUUUAGUUCCCAGUGGUGCUAAUAUUCCCAAGCCACUAAAGCCAAUAACAUCAGCGGAUGAUGCAAGCAGUAGUGGCAGUGGCAACAGCAUUGAUCAUAAAAGCCCUGAAAAUGUUCGGAGAACAAAGCACUACAACCGCAAAACCCAUCAUAUUCCAAUGCUUGGCUCAGACAAUAUUUCACUAGAUGGAACUCCUAUUAGAAGAAAACCCGACAAAAAUGGCUCCAACAUAGUCGAAAUAGUGGACAUUAAAUGUGGGAAUCGGGAUAGGACAUGGACGACCCCUAUAACAAAUCGACUCAAGAAGCUUAGUUUCUCAAAGCUCUCCGAGAGUGUUGUCUAAGCCUGCAACCUUUUCGCGUCAGCUUUCAGAUUUCUGUAGUUGAAUCCUGAAUUCACACUUUGUCGAUUGUCAGCUACUUCCACCACGGAACACGUGCAUGGUAUGAGCCUACUGCCUCCUUUCUUCUUUUUGGGGGUUGUGGUCAAGGAUGCAAGCUUGGGUCUGGAAGAACUACAAGUGGAGGCCAUGUCUGUGACCUGACACACAGACUUCCGAGAGCUAUCUUGGCAGCCAAAUUCAAGCUGGCUAAAGUGCUCAAUUUCUUUCAUUACGAGGGAUCCAAUGGUGCCUCUGGUUCCUAUCUCUACCGGAUAUUUUGCAGCCAUUUUCUCGGGGAUCAUUGCUGCAAUGGUGCUGGAUUUAUGCAUAAUCUUUUGUAUGGUCGGAGGGAAGGUGGAGACUCGUGGUCGAACAGAGGUGGUUUUGGGUCUUGCCUUGGUGGGGGAAUUGCUUAGAAUCGGGGACAUUUUAAUUUGGCCUAAUACUCAAGUGUUUCACAUGAAUUCUUUGACUUAUAUUGUGAAUUGGAGAGCAUGUCUUGCUGAAGGAUUGGGUGGUGAUAUGAUCACCAUAUUCAUGUGCUUUCAGUGAAAAACAUUUAAGGUGCUUUGACUCCUGGAC